UGAUGGAUGUGGUGGUUGUGAAGUUUGGCAGUGGUGGUGGCGGUGUUUCAGUGCUUUUCUGUCGCCAACAACAUUGACGUUGUUCACUUUCGGGUGCAACGUCGCAAUGAUGAACCUCUGGCCGAGUAAUCGCUACGGCAACGGCCUCUUAUUUGCCGGCUUCAACCAAGACCAAGGAUGCUUUGCCUGCGGCAUGGAGAACGGAUUCAGGGUCUACAACUGCGAUCCUCUCAAAGAGAAGGAGAAACAGGCAGACUUUGCAGAUGGAGGCAUCGGCAUUGUGGAAAUGCUGUUCCGCUGCAACUACCUCGCUCUGGUCGGAGGAGGGUGCAAGCCGAGGUACCCUCCCAACAAAGUGAUGGUAUGGGAUGACCUUAAGAAGUUGCAUGUCAUUGAGCUGGAGUUCACAAGUGAUGUCAAAGCAGUCAGACUGCGGCGAGACAGGAUUGUGGUUGCGCUGGAGUCUGUGAUCAAGGUGUACACCUUCACCCAGAAUCCACAGCAGCUGCAUGUCUUUGAGACCUGUCCCAAUGAUAAAGGUCUGUGCGUGCUGUGUCCAAACAGCAACAACAGUCUACUGGCUUUCCCUGGCCGACACACAGGCCAUGUGCAAAUUGUGGACCUCGGCAAGACUGAGAAGUCGCCGUUGGACAUCGAAGCUCACGAGGCGCCCCUAAGCUGCAUUGCGCUCAACCUAAGUGGGACGCACCUGGCGACAGCCUCUGAAAAGGGUACGCUAAUACGGGUGUUCGACACGGCCUCUGGAAACCUCAUGAACGAGCUCCGCCGUGGCACUAACACAGCCAGCAUCUACUGCAUCAACUUCAACUUGGACUCAUCACUGAUGUGUGUCUCCAGUGACCAUGGUACUGUGCACAUAUUUGUGGUUGAAGAUUCUACAAAGAGAAACAAGCAGUCGAGCUGGGCAUCGGCCAGUUUCCUGCCCAAGUACUUCAGCUCCAAGUGGAGCUUUGGAAAAUUCCAAGUGCCCGGGGGCGCCCACUGCAUCUGUGCCUUUGGGGCAGACCAGAACUCUGUCAUUGCCAUCUGCGCCGAUGGCAGUUACUACAAGUUCGUGUUCAAUGCCAAGGGUGAAUGCACGAGAGACGUGUAUGCACAAUUCCUCGACAUGUCGGACGACAACAGCCGCUCCUAACAACACUGUUCUGAGCUGCCCCUGUCCUAUGCGCAGAAUGACGCGAUCCACAAGAGUGGCCAAAAAUAGUGACCUACAAAGUGACUGAUCGUCGAAUGGGCCUCGUUGGCCCAUUCGCACUUCGAGUGAUGCAACACCAUGCACAGUUACUAAAUCACCAUGGCAAGCCUUUGUCGUUUCAACGGUGCCUCAGUGUAUGCAUGUGAUAUAGCCUGUCAACGCUUAGCAUCUGUGGUGUCCGAAAGACUUCAGUGUUGUUUGUUCUGCCUUUUUUUUUUUUUCUUGGAAAGAACGGCAUUUUCAACCAAGCCGGCUGAAUUGUAGAGACUGCAGCAUUCCAAUUAGCCACAAGUGAUUCGCCAAAGUCUGUUGCACUGCAUUCGGCGAAUGACGUGAACCUCCUUUCUGCGUAGUUUUCGGAGUUUCUUGUUUCUUGAUAGAGCUGACUAGUGCUCUUUUCGAUGUGACGACCAAUUGUCUGUUGCGCUGUGGCCACUGAGCAGCCUGAGCUUGCUGCAUUUCUGGUUUGUUGUGUUUGUUUCAAGCAGAACCUUGUGCAACUGUUAUCGUCAGCGCUAAACUUCAUCUUAUCUUGCUUGCACCGAGAUUUUUGUCGCACUGUGACCGGUGAAUGGCUUCAACCUGUUGUUCAAAUUGUUUGUAGAGUUAUGUUUCAAACCGGAUAUUUUGCUUUUAUCAUUGCAGAUGACGAAUGUGCUUGUUUUUAUUUCACACCCGCAGAGCGUUUUGCUUUGAUGCGAGUUUGAGGUAUGCUUUGAAUGGGCCUUACGAGAAACUGUGCCGUAAUGGUUACGAGUGCUGUUCAUACCUCUGAUAAUAAGCUAGUUCUGCUGUUAUAAAAUUACUGUGCGGCGACAUAUGUUCUGAAGAAAUUGCUGCACCAUUUUUCUUAGAAUUUUGUGACUUUGCAUUUCUUUACCAUGAAUGACCAUGAAAUUUAAAGCAAUUGUCUCACUUUCUAAGCUGUAGAGGGGUAUGUGUGAUUCUCGACUAGACAUGUGCAAAUUGUUGAAUUUCAAAUUGUUUCAAGCUUAUUGCUCGGAUAAGCAGGCAUCUACAUUUGCCCUGCAAAUGCUCUUAAAAGGUUGCCCAUUCGAGACAUUUAUGAUGUUAAAUUACCUGGUUGUGAAGUUAUAAAUCAGAAAGGACUGCCAACCUAUAGUUGUCAGAGGUGGUAUUCUUGAGCAAUCACUUUCGGGGACACUUUCGCUUUUGCGAGAUUUCGCCUGACUAGCACCGGACGUGUUUGAGGUAUACGGGCAACGGCGUCCUUGUCAUUGUGUCAACUGUGCUAAAACAGCGUGCCUGACUUUGUGUCGGGAACAGUGUCACUUGUCGAUGCCGACUCGUCCCAUGCUAGCCAUGCGACAUCUAGUGAAAGUGAAAGCAUUUCCAAAAGUUGUCACCUGACAAUGCAAUGCCCCAGUUGUGGGGUGAUAACAGUUAAUAGCAACAUGGCCCAUGUAGUGAGUCUUGGUGACUUAUUUUUGUCUGUUGUUAUUUAACAUCUGCCACUACGGCAGAUCACAGUAGAUAGCAUUGAUAAAUAUGUGAGGAAAUACCGACAGUCUUGUAUAUAUUGAAAAAGCUGCACACUUAUUUUGCUUGAUAUGAAAUGCAGCCCACAUUUCUUCCUUGAACAACCUCACAAUGUGUCAACAUGUCAGCCUCUUGCACUUUCUGCUAGACAGCCGUGUCUUUUUUGCCCGCACUGAUUCCUUUAAGCACAGUUUUUUUCCAUAAACAAUUGAAGUCUGGAAUUCAUUACCGGGCAACAUCCGUUCACUACCACUGAAAUAAUUCAUGCAAGCUUGUUUAUAAAUGUUGUAUAUUUGUUGUUCAUCCUGCUCCUGCAAUAGCCUCAUUGAGGCUGCAGUAUGUAUAAAUAAAUAAAUAAAUAAGUAAAUAAAUAAAUAAAUAAAUAAAUAAAUUUGAAAUAAAAUGCAUAAGAUCAGUGUAUGGAGCACAGAUGCUGAAGGGUGAAGAUGACGUACUGCUAGCUAUUGUGAGAGAGCUUCCGCAUCACAAUUUAGGCUGUCUUUUUGUUCAGCGACUAAAUCGUUUUCAGAAUAAGCAGUUUGCAGCGUUAUAGUUUUACCUGGAACGGAAGAUCACAAAAGAAUCGCAUCAUAAGCAGCUUCUCCUGGUAAACCACUGGCCUUUUCACACUCAAAAUUAUGUUGUGCAAUGCAGCACACAGCGUUAUUCCCGGUUUAUUCUGGACAAAACAAACAAACAUUUCAGACACAUUGUAUAGUAACGAAAUGUUUUGCAGAUUGGAGCUUUUCUGUGAAAUUUGAGUGAUGACAAACUAACAGUUUAACCGGAAGAGUCAUAUACGAUACCCGGCUGCUUUGAUGAAGCAACAUUAAUUAAAUGUUGCAUUACCACCAGAAAUUGCUUUGAAAGUGUUCUAAAUUUGCAUAAUAAAAUUAGAAUGACACAGGAAUGUCAGAAAAAAGAAAGACAGUGGCAUUCUCAUUUGUUUUCUGUCGUUCCUGUGUAAUAUUACGCUGACCAAACCUGCCAUGACAUUUCGCUGUUUGUUUAUGGCAACUGCUUUAAUUCUGUUUGAUGAAGUCAUUUAUGGCUUUAUAAACUAUUCUCUACCCAUUGUUUGUGAGUAGAUCUUUCCUGAAUGUGCAAAACUGGCACUAGUUUCUUUAUCUACAUUACCAGAGCCCGUUGCCCACUGUUGCGAGUGCUUUUCGAGUGUGCUAGCCUCCGUCAGCAUCAUGAAAGACAGAAGUUCUUGAACUGGGAUUUCGCACCUGUAUGCCACGACUGUACUUCCCUGCCUGCAUGAUAUUUUCUCGGGACCUAAAUUUUUGCUAAUCCACCGUGACCCAGGAGAUCAUUUGAGUCAUGCCAAAACGUAGUGCAUUGUACUUAAUGCAUUCUGUCCACAUCUUUCUUGAAAUUAGUAUCACCCAGAAAUUUGGAUCAACUGUGAUUAUAUCAGAUUUGACUGUAUUUUAUUCUAUUAUAUUGAGCAUAUGGUCAGAACUUCAGGUCUUGCACGUUCCCAUUAGCAAGCCAUUGUUUCGUUCUUGGUUACAUUCAUGUUGAGACUGUGCUGCAUUGUGAAGAGACACAUGCCCAGAUUGCAUUUGCUCUCUAGCUUAAGCCCGCUGUUGGAUGUUCUGGUGUGUUGUAAUAAUGCAUAACUUUGAUACAAUUGUUUUUACUCUUUUUUUUUCUUUUCUUUUUUGUGAGUGAUUCGGCCAGGCGCUUGCAGAGCAACUAUGCAAGAUGUUUCCAUGGAGCUUUGUUUCAUUUUUGUAGGCCUUUGCUACAUUCUUGGUGACAUUGUUGCUUGUUGAGGAUCACAUCAAUAAGUUCUCGUGACACAUUUGUACGUGUGUGGUUUGCCUGACUGCUGGAAUAGUCUGGUGCACUGUGAGACGCAAGGACGUUGAUUCACGUGCUCAUUUUGUUUUGCUUUCAUACCGUGAGAUUGAUUCUGUUAGUUGAUUGCAAUAUAAGUUGAUUGUGUUGACAUAUGGGGCUCGUGUACCCCUCAUUCAUUAUCGCAGGCCAUAGCACUAUUCUCAGUGAUGGUGUUAGCUUAAUCACACUUCCAAAAAUAUUUUUUGACUGCAUUCAACAUGAAAUUCAAGCAGUUGCUGCUACAUCGGGCCUCAUUAUAACAGUCUCAACCAACAUGAAGAUAUCUUCGUUAUAUUCAAUAUGCAAUAGAAACAUGCAUGUUGAUAUUGGCAAGAAAUGCACAGAUUUUAUAUUUUCUUAUAUCCGAUAUUUCGUUAUAUUGCGGUGUGACUAUUGUUUUCUCCACACAGAGACAGAUACUUUGGUUCCCAUAGUCACUUAUUCUUUGCUGCAUGAUUCUGUUCUAUUCUGUUUGAACAACUAUGGCUAUGUUACACUGACAAGAGCAGCUCGCUCGGCGAUGAGAUUAAGGGUGCAAACGUUUAUGAUGUGCAGAUUGCGUUGCCACAACUUUGUAUGUCCACAGUUUAUUGAAUGAUUCAUGUGUUAGAGGUUACACCACUUGGUUUUCUGUGUAUAGUUUUAUAGUUUUGUGUAUGUGUUUUUAGCUUGCCGUGGUGCAAGAGAAGAAUCUACGUCACAUGUUGGCUUUGCAGUUUUCUACUUUUGAACAAUUUUUGUGCAAGUACUUUUUCGAAAGUGCCCUCUCAAGAAUGGACAAAUGGCGAACGUGCAGGGUGUUGUGGCAGUUCGGUGACUUUUUCAUUACUGUUUCUAGUACGCAUUAAAGAGCCAUGUUCCUUUUGUUACCACUGUAUCUUGAGGAAAUACAUAUAUUUAUGGACAA